AUGUAAAAGAAAAAACCCUAAUUCCCUUAAAUUAAAGACUUCGAGAUAAUAGAUAAAUUUCAAUCCAAGAAACAAACCAAAACCAUUCCAUAUUCCCAUAGCCAAUUCAUCCAGGAGGAGGAGGAACAGUCCUCGUCUUAGAUCAAUCUGUUUGGCCACUCUAAACCGUCCUUCUUAAUGACUUUCCCUCAACAACCAAGAGACUGUCAAGGCAGUGAAGAAAUAAAGGCUCCCACUAUCAUAACUAAUAUGAUUUCCAAUAAAAGUCAAGAAUAACUAGCGAUUAAAAAGGAGUGUAGACGUCCUUUUAAAUAUCUAGAUGAAAGCUCAGAGUUUUCAUCCAAGAUGAAUUCAGUAAAAAUACAAUGGAAAUACUUAUCUAGAUACGAUCAAUUUUUGAGGAUUAAAAAGCUUAGUAAAUCAAUUAGGAGAGGGUCAAAUUACUGGUUAAUCAAAUGAAAGUAAAAUUUUUGAAUUUAAUUCAUUAUUCAAAAUAUAAUGAUCCCAUUCUAACUCAAGAAUAUUAGGAACGUAAAAAUUAAUUUCUAAUAAAUUAUAGUUUCACCCCUCAAGUACCAUUAUUUCACUAUGUAUAUAUUUUUAUCCACCACCUUAUCAAAUGUACUUUCAUGUAUUUUUAUCCCGCUUGUCCAAUUCUUCGAUGUCUCCUAACUUACUACUAUUAUUUCUCAAAUAGUAUAUGGAUUGACAAUUCUGAUUAUCUUCUAAGAUUUGCUUUGUAAAAGAGGCCCAUACAAAAUGUAGAGAGGAGUCAUCAAAGUGGAUUUCAAAGAUAGCAAUAAGAAAUUCCUUGACAUUUUAAGAGUGUUCUUUUUAACUUUUGCCACUCUCAUUGAAGUAGAUGAGAAGAUAAAAUUAGUGUCAGUCUUGUUGAUGAUGCUAUUCUAAUUCAUAAGAUAGGCAGAAAAUUUUGAAAAUAUCUAUAGAUCCACUCAUCAUUUCAUUUUUAUUCUUCAACUGUGGAUUUCAAUCAUAAUAUCCUUCACUUGCAUCUAUUAAGGUAUUUAUGCAGAAUAAUAAGAGUUUCUCAUUAAGAAGAAGAUCCGAAUCUCUAUUUUUGUCUUACUCUUGCUGUCUCUCUAUUGACUCAUAGUUCAAAUGUUUGUAAAACGAUAUAUUAGCAUUUUAGAGAUUGAAGUCACAAAUAAAAAUGCUCUUCUGAUAUCCUUUUACAUGAUCAUAUGUUAUCUCUGUAUAGCCUAUACCACUAUGAUAUUAUAUGUUUGGAUGAAGCCAGAAAUAGAAAUUGAGGAGGAGAAAUAAAAGUUGCUCAAAGGAUUUGUGGAAAGAUUUAGGGAGAAAUGCGAAAACGAUGGACUUUUAAAGAGAUGCUACUCCUAUUUGGAAUUCAGAAUAGAUGUAAAUAAUAUCGUAAAUAUUCUAGGAAGACUUAAACAAAACUAAGGAUCAACUAACGAAGAAACUCAGUCCUGAAUUAGAGGAUGAGAUAGACAUAUCUUUGAGAUCAACCAUGAUAGAUAAAAUUGAAUUGCUGACUAGAUUCUCUCCUUAAUUUAAAUAACAAUUGAUAUAUGAAAUAGAAUAAGUGAAAUUUAAUCCAGAGGACAACAUAAUAAUUGUAAGAAAUACAACUAUUCAAGGAACAUCAAAUAGACGAUCUAGGAUUGUUUUACAUAUUAAAAGGAUAAGUGAAGGUUCAAUUUUUAGGUUCUUCUUUUGGUAAUAAUAAAAGAGCAGUUACAACUUUAAAUGAAGGUUCCACAUUUGGAUAGUAUUCAUUUAUCACAGGAAUUCCUUCAAAUAUUAGUAUUUUCAGUUCUGGAGUAACAACGUUGAUGAAGAUAAAGAGAUCUGAUUUCAUUUAAAUAAUAUCAAAUUAUCCAUAGGACAAUGAAACAUUUUGCACACUAAAAGACAAUGCCUUUUAUAAUUAAAAGCUAUUUGAAUGUUAUUAUUGUAAAAUCAGAGGAAAUUACAUCAUAGAGUGUAGGCAUUUAUAAUAUUUUCCUUAAAGAGUAAACGCUAUAGAAAAAUAUCUUUAUACCGCAAAGUAAUAGAGAAGGUAUUUUGCUAGAAGAUUAAGAAAAUAUUUUGCUUGGCAAGACAUGAAUUUAAAUCAGGAUAGAGCUAGAUAAUAUGCCAAUAAGUAAAGCUAAGAAUUUGUCUCCGAUGAAUUACCAGAUCCUUCCCAGUUGCCUUAUUCUGAAAGUAAAGAAUCUUUUUAAAUUAGAUUAAACAUACCAAUCGGUUAGUUUUGUUAGUAAUUCGUUGGCAUAAAGAAAUUAAAGUCCAGAUCAAUAUCAAUCAGUGAGCAACGUUGAAAGUUUUGAUCAAUUUAAUAUCGAAUAAGAAUGCUCAGAUGAAUAAACCAUCCAUAUCUAAGAGCCAUAAUCUAGAAGUAUUAGAAAGAAUUCCAAUAUAACCACUUUAAAAACAGCAGGUUUCCCUAUUAAUGGUGAGCCAAAUAACUUAGCAAGUGUAGGAAAUAAUAUAUCAGUGAUAGAAAAGGAUGAUAGAGAUAUCUUAAAUCAAUUGCAGGAAGCUUAGAUGAACAAAGAUAGAACUAUACUCUUCCCUGCAGUACGUAACAAUGGUUAAAGCAAAUAAAAAUUUCAAUAUGUCAAAGAAUCAUCAUAAGGAAUCUUACUAAGAGAAGAUCAUUCUCAUCAGUAAUAAUAAUAGUAAUAGUAACUAUCUCAUACAACAUUGAAAUAAUCCAUUAGACAACCCUCAUGUAGAUCGUAGACAUAUUCUAAUUCCUUGUCGAAGGAUGUCUCUAAUAAUCCUUCUUCAAAUUCCAAAUAAAAUAAAUCAUAAAAAUUAUCUAUUUUAUCUAGUUAAAACAGAUUCUAUGAAUAGUAUGGACUUAAGAAAUAAAACAGUUCUAAAUCUCUAAGUGAUUAAAACAAGUAAAACAACAAUAGAAGUUUAAAAUCAACCACUAGACAAAGUACUCCCAAUUAAAUGUCCUAGUUCCAUGCUAUAUCCACUCCAGAAGUAAUAUAAAUUCUUAUAAUAGAACCAAGGAUACUACAUUAACGAUUUGUUAUUCAAUAAAUUUGAAACAAUGAAGGAGUAUAAAAUUUACUAUCCUCAUAAUAAUUGCACGCAAGUUAUUGAUCGCUACAUCAAAUUUUUAGAUUCUAACAGAUAAAAUUAAUUUAAAAGGAAAAAGCUAAAUCAUAGUACUCCUUAUUCAAUUAAAUGCUUUGUUGCGUCUAAAAUUAAAAGAGUUAAAAAGCUAUUAUAAAACUGA